AUGCCUGACGUGAUGUUAUGGAAUGCCCUAAUGGCUCCCUGUCAGUGGACCUCCAAUAUGUUCUGUUUCAUACUGUACCUGGCUGCACUCAGCCUGCUGGCAGGUUCUGCUGAAACAAACCAGACCUUUACCAGUACUGGGGAGAUGAACAUCACCACGUGUCCCAUCACCUAUUAUGGACAGAAAUAUGAGAAAGUAUAUGUGGCAGAUGCACAGGUAGACGGCCGAACGGUGUCUAAACAGAAAUUUCAGACAAAUGAAACGAGUAAGGGUGUCAUUACAGACAUGAGUGGAUGCAGACUCUCAGGUGUUGUUUAUAAAACUAAUACAACAGUAAGGGACCCAAACAUCUGCUCUACUGUAACCUGUGAUGUGACUGGAGUCGCCAGUGCCGUCAGUUAUUGUGGCCCCAUGGAGCGUUGCCAGGGCGAUGGCAGUUGUACCUCGCACACUACGUGCACUAUGACGGGCUCCACUGUCAUCGAUUUCAUUGGCAGAGUUCGCUUUGUCCCGGAUCGGUGUGGAUAUACUUUAUUGAAGUCCUCAGAAAUCCCAGACUUCCAGGUUCUGGGGGUUUUCCAAGAACGACGCCGAAAAGAUGUUAGCUUUUUGGACCAGGUGAUACUGCAGCUGGACGGGCCAGGUGUUCAGAUUUCUCUGGAACAAGGUGGCAGAAUUCGGCUGAACAACAAAUUUCUGGAGCUCAAUGGCACCACUGCAGUUUACCACGGUGUGGGGCUCUAUAAGGACCAGACAGGAGUGACUGCUAAGAUAUCGGCAUCCAACUACACGGUUUCUGUUCUCUUUGAUGGCAACACCGCACAGAUCGACAUGACAGGACGAAGUAAAGCACCCAUACAAGGUGUAUGUGGCAAUUCCAGAAGGACUUUGAGUGAAGAGAGGGUCUCCGAAUACAGUGCCCCUGGUUGUGAGAUACAGCAUGAUGACGCUGAUGACAGUACCAUCAACUGCAAUGCCACAACUAAAUGGUGUAAUCUCCUGAAGCGGACACCCUUCUCUGCUUGCAACAUGCACAUUGACCCAGAGCCCUUCAUCACUGCCUGCAGACACACUUUGUGCAAAUACCCUGCAGUAGAUGGUCUCAAAUGCCAGUUCCUGGAAGCCUACGCCAGGGCCUGCAGCCACAACACCAAAGUCACAGUGGAGGGCUGGAGGUCAAAGAGCCGCUGCUCUGCUGUCCCUCGGGCCUUCUGUCAGCACAAAUUCUGCAGUGCUCAUGAGUUCUGUGGUGAGAAGCUCAAUGGUGGGGAAACCAGUUGCAUCUGCCGAGCCAUUUUUGCCUCCAAGUACAGAUCUACAAACACUUUUGGUGAGCCGACGGUCUGCAAGCAGAAGUCUGCAUCACUAACUCUGGCUGGUUGUCUUUUGGAGGACAAAGGCAUUGACUACUCUGCCUUACACCUCAAUGACGAGACCUGCAAAGGUGAAAUGGACAAUCUGACCCACAUGGUGACGUUCAGCUUCAAUAACAUGAACACUUGUGGUACGGUGGUCAUGGCAAACAACAGCCAAAUUAUCUACAAGAACACCAUCAUGUCACGGAACAGCUCUAUGGGUGGCCUGAUCAACCGUCACAGUAGAGCGCAUAUUGACUUCUCCUGUUCAUACAGUCAGCCAGAUAUCAAGAGCUUGGCCAUCAAACUCAAACAAAGCUCUGUGAUCCAGCAGAUUACAUCUGGGCAAUGGAUUUACAAUCUGACCAUGGCAGCAUACACCGACCCUUCUGGCAAGGAACCUAUUCAGUCAAGCACAGAGAUUCAACUGGACAAGACAAUCUGGGUGAAGCUGAAGACGUAUGGGCUGGAUGAAAAAAUAAUUGUUGUGGUGACCGACUCCUGCUGGGCAACCGAUCAGCCAUCGCCAAGUGGGAGCCUGAGAUAUGAUCUCAUCAUCAAAGGCUGCCCUAACCCUGCAGACCAGACGGUGAAGGUGGAGGGCAACGGAGUGGGCACAUCCAACCGCUUCUCUUUCAACACGUUCCAGUUUUCUGGCAAAAAUGGCUCCAUCUAUCUGCACUGCAGAUUGGAACUGUGUGUCAGGCAGGGUGAUACCUGUGCCCCGAGGUGUGGCCAGGCUACCAGGAGGCAAAGAUCCGUCAUGCCAAAAUAUGAGGAUGAAAACCCUGCCCUCAUCACCAUGGCCUGGACUAAUUAGACAGCUUCACACCCCCACCAACUUCCUCCUCUUCUCACUGGCUGUCUCAGAUUUCUUCGUGGGCCUCAUCAUAUUUUUUAAAAUUUUCUUCACAUACGGUGCUGGAUCUUCGGUGACCUCAUGUGUUUUAGACUACAUUAGUACCUCUUCCUCAGUAGGAAACAUAGUGCUCAGAUCUGUAGACCACUAUGUGGCUAUUUGUGAUCCUCUGCAUUACCCCAAGAAAGUCACUCAAAAAAGAGAAGAAAUACUGCUUCAUGUUAUUGAGUCAGUGACAUAAAAGCCUCAUCUAACUUUUCACAAAGAUUAAUUCUAAUGUAUUGUGACAGAAAUAUGUAUAAAUGGCUUUCUGUCUGCUGUUCAUUGAGUUUUACACCUGUAAUAUGUCUGUCAUUCCAUUCUUUUUUUGUUAGGCAAUG